AUGAAGCGAGUACAAGUCAUCGACAAUGAAGACGCCCGCUACGCACCUCUUAUUGAGAAAGGUUUGGUCAAAGAAAACCACAGCUGGCUUAGUCCUGAAGCUAUCUCACACGAUAAGCUGAGCAUACCGGCUGAUGUGUCUUCUGCAUAUACACUAGGCAUGUGCGAUGAUGAGAUUCACAUCAACGUUUCUCAUGGUAUGCCCCUUAGUAUCAUGUGCCUUGAGCGCAAUGUAUCGUAUUGCAGAAAGGAAGAGAAUCUCGAAACGCUUACUGUAUACGCUGAACUCUUGAUAGGAACGAGAUCUUGCAUGCCCUUUGACAGGAAGAAAUCACUUGAAGUAUCCGAAAAAUGA